UGUAUAUAUAAUGAAAAAAAAAAAGAAAAAAAAAACCUGCUUUCUGCUUUCGUGUUCAUAUUCAUGAGUCGUGACACAGACAGACGGCAGAAAAGACUCGCUACUUAUUUUCGCUUAUACUCGUAGGCCGUAGCAACUCUCUCUUUCUCUCUCGCUGAAACUAUAUACAUGAUACAUAUACACAUGCAUACAUGUUACCCUUCAAAGAUCCAUUCUGUUUCUAAUUUUUCAUAUACUUCGGUAAAAGAGAAUUUCCAUCUGGGUGUUCUCUUUUUUCCUUUUCAUUUUUCCGAUUAACUCCCUCGAAAUUCUCUUGAUUAUUUGAAAUGGGUUUUGGGUCUAAUUUGAUUUUGGUAUUAGUUGGGUUGAUUUUUGUGGGUUCAAGAUUAAUUCAUGGUUUUGGGAUCUUUGGAUUCGAUAUGCAUCAUAGAUACUCUGAUCCAGUGAAGGGUAUUUUGGAUAUCGAUGAUCAGCACCUACCUCAGAUGGGUUCAGUCGAUUAUUACUCGGCUAUGGCCCACCGUGACCGUCUCGCCGGCGCCGGCGACGCUACCGUCGAAUCCUCUCUAGCGUUUGUUGACGGCAAUGAAACUUAUCAGCUUCCUUCUCUAGGAUUCUUGCAUUAUGCAAAUGUAUCUUUAGGUACUCCAAGUUUAUGGUUUCUUGUGGCACUCGACACAGGAAGUGACUUGUUUUGGAUACCUUGUGAUUGUCGAAGCUGUGUCAAAGGAUUAGUCACAAGAUCAGGAAGACUUGAUUUCAAUAUAUACAGCCCAAAUACGUCUUCAACAAGUACAAGAGUUCCUUGUGAUAGUAGUUCGUGUAGACUAAGAAAACAAUGCUCAGCAAGACCAGAAAUUUGUCCAUAUCAAGUGAAUUAUCAAUCAAGUAACACUUCAUCUACUGGGAUCUUGAUAGAAGACACUUUACAUUUGACAACAGAAGACACUUCAUUGAAAGCCACUGUUGAUGCAAAGAUCAAGUUUGGGUGUGGAAUGAUCCAAACGGGCUCAUUUUUAAAUAGGGCAGCCCCAAAUGGGCUGUUUGGGCUUGGAAUGGAGAAAAUGUCGGUUCCUAGCAUUUUAGCAAGUAGUGGUCUUACUGCUAAUUCAUUCUCUAUGUGUUUUGGUUCUGAUGGAGCUGGAAGAAUCAAUUUUGGAGAUAAAGGAAGUUUGGAUCAAGGAAAAACACCAUUGAAUCUUGAUACACCUCAUCGAACGUAUAACAUUAGCAUGACACAAACAGUCGUGGGAGACAAUGUGACAAAUGUAGAUUUCACUGCGAUAUUUGACACUGGCACCUCGUUCACGUAUUUGAAUGAUCCCGCAUACUCCAUUAUUAGCAAAAGCUUUGCUUCACAGACAAAAGAGACUCGGAGUCAACCGCGUUCAAACCUUCCUUUCGAGUAUUGCUACGACAUAAGUCCGGGCCAACAGACGUUUGAAGCGCCACCGUUGAAUCUAACAAUGAAAGGAGGAGACCAGUUUUCCGUCACCAAUCCCUUCGUUAAUGUUCCACUUGAAGUAAGACCAAAAAACUUUAUGACGGGGUAUCGAGUAGUAUUCGAUCGCGAGAAGAAUAUUUUGGGUUGGAAACCUUCUAAUUGUUACAAUGCUAUAGAAUCAAAAACAUUACCAAUAAGUCCACGGGCCUCACCCAAGGGUUCACCGUCUAUGUCGGUGGGACCCAAGGCCACAGCUAGGAAUGGUUCACCGAGCUCGAGUCAGGUUCAGCCAGGAAAUGGUGCAUAUGGGUUGAUGACAUCAUCGUAUACAUAUUUCAUACUUUAGUCUCUAUUGUUGCCAAUUUUUUCAUGGUUUUGUUGUAAUUCUUGUUUUGCCAUUUGUAGAGUUACAUUGGUAUAUCAUGCUACGAUGCACCGUAUAGAGUAUAGAAUCAUAUCACAUACAUAUAGAGAUACUUGUCGAUUCUUAUUUAGUUUUAGUAUAUAUAUAUAUAUAUAUAUAUAUAUAUAUAUAUAUAUAUAUAUAUAUAUA